AUGUCAGACACAGAGAAGGAUAAGAAUACAAGUGGCCAGACCGAAGACGAUGGUGAGCCCGAUGAGUGGUACGUCCUCACAGCCGUGUGAGCCAAGCCGGCUCCAGCUAAUGGGGUUCUUUAGGGAUAAGAGGAUCUUCAGCACCGGCUGCGCAGGUACAUCUCCAGUCUUAGAUAUAAGCGUACAGAUGGCUGAGUAUUCCUAGAUGAGAAUGCCACGCUAAAUGACUGUUUCCGGGAUAAGAAGGACUGGAGAGCUUGCAAAGAUGAGGUGAGUCCCGAAUCCCGAAAUCGGCACCUACCAACUCCACCACUCAGUCCACCAGUCGGUGUCUGGAGCUCGAGGACAGCAAUACUGACAAUUUCGGACCAGAUGAAAGCCUUCAAGCAGUGCUGGAAGCGGCAGGGCAACGAGCAGAGGACGGACUCCAAGGAUGCUUGA